CCUGAGGUGAAAAACACUUGUGGAAUCUUGCCAGUGUACUCACCUUUAAAAAUUACCCUGGGGAAAUGCAUAGGAUAUGUUAAAUGGAAUACACUAUUUUUAAAGGACAGAACCACUAGAAGACUUGAGCAGAGGAUCCAGGACGGCACACUGUUUUCACUCCAGAGCUAUUGAAGACCAGCACGCUUCCAUGGCCUACGCCUGACCCAGACUCUGUAAAGGACGCAGCGUUGGCCAUUUUAACCCAGACCAACGCUGCCGACUUGCUGCUCUGCAACACCCGGGACGGCAGGUCCACCAGACCAACACACCAUGGAAAACUAUACCAUGGAGUUACUUGACUUGCCGCUGACAACAGAAUUUGACUACAGCGAUUCAGCACCAUGCACGGGAACUGAGGAAAAGCACUUUGCAGCAAAACUUUUGCCACCGCUUUAUUCUUUGGUGGUGAUAUUUGGCCUCAUAGGCAACAUGCUCGUUAUCCUUAUCCUGGUAAAAUACAAGAGAUUGAAGAGUAUGACUGACAUCUACCUGCUCAAUUUGGCAAUUUCUGAUUUGCUCUUUAUAUUUUCUCUCCCUUUUUGGGCUUAUUACGCUGUUCACGACUGGAUUUUUGGGGAGGCACUGUGUAGAAUUCUCUCAGGUGUCUACCUCCUUGGCUUCUACAGUGGGAUCUUUUUCAUAAUCCUCUUGACCCUAGACAGGUAUCUGGCCAUAGUGCACGCAGUGUUUGCGUUAAAAGCUAGGACAGUUACCUACGGCAUCCUCACCAGCGCUGUCACUUGGGCUGUUGCUAUUUUUGCUUCUGUUCCUGGGAUAGUAUUUCACAAAACUCAAAAGGAAAAUGCACGUUAUACUUGCAGUGCUCAUUAUCCAUCAGAGCAAAGAAAUGUAUGGAAGCAAUUCCUGACCUUAAAAAUGAACAUCCUGGGACUUGUUAUUCCAAUGUUAAUUAUGAUCUGCAGCUACACACAAAUUAUAAAGACACUACUACAAUGUAGAAAUGAGAAGAAACAUAAAGCAGUCAGGCUUAUUUUUAUCAUCAUGAUUGUCUACUUUUUUUUCUGGGCACCAUAUAACAUUUGUAUUCUCUUGCGUGAUUUUCAAGGUACAUUUUCCAUCACUACUUGUGAAGGCAGCAGUCAACUGCACAAAGCGACCCAAGUGACAGAAACCAUCUCAAUGAUCCACUGUUGUAUCAACCCUAUAAUUUAUGCCUUCGCUGGAGAAAAAUUUAGGAAGUAUCUUCACAGCUUUUUCCGAAAGCAGAUUGCAUUCCACUUCUCGAAAUACUGCCCUGUUUUCUAUGUUGACACAGCUGAACGGGCUAGCUCCACCUACACACAAUCUACUGGAGAACAAGAAGUUUCUGCUGCAUUGUAAGUUGUGUCUAGCAAAAAAGUGGAAUUGCCUUUUGUGAAAUCAAGUCUGCGAUGAGAGCCUGCAGAAUCUGUCCUGGAUAUUGUCUCAAGGCAGCUGCAAAAGAUCACAGAAUACAUAUUUACCAAAGCUUAUGUUUGCUCAUUUGAAUAUUUGUACAUAAAUGAAAAGGAUGUAUCAAAUUAGCUACUUACAUAUGCUAAUGUGGGAUUCUGUAGGGGAAAAAAGUGUUCUCUUUUUUUGUGAAUGUAACAGCACAAUUUUGUACUAUAGGGCCCCGAACCACACAAAGGCUGAUGGCCUAAGCUAGCAGGCUCAUAAACUGGCUUGGUUUUGAAGUGAACUAGAGAUUAGAAAUUGACACUGGUUCUUUGGAAACAUCUCUUAACUGUACCUUACACAAGAUAUCUCACUCAUUUAAACUCAGUAUCAGUAACAUCUUUUACUAGCCCGGUUGUAUAUCUCUGUAAAUAAUGCUAAAUUACUGAGGUCUCUGAUACAGAAUCUUUACAAGUGGUAUGGGAAAAUUGUACACAUUUAGAAGAGACUCUGAUAUUUGUAUAUUUUCCUUUGCAUAUGGUUGAGUACCAGCCUCUUGGUUCUUUCUCAUAAUAGUUUUAACUACUAGGUGUGGAUAUCUAAGUGACUUGAGAAUUUGAUAUUUCAGAAGGCUCUCGUUUAAUCAACUGCUGUUUUAUAUGCUAUUCAUACUAAAAAGCUAAUACAAUGACCUAUCACUGAUCAGAAAAUCAAUGUGUUUACAAAGUUUUAAAAAUAAAGUAUUGCACAUAGAGCUUUAACCAGGUUAGAUCAAAUGUGGACAACAAGUCCACAGGGUUUUAGCUUUUUAGUGCUAGUGCCAUUUUUCUAGCUUACAUAGGAGAAAAACUUUCAAAUAUGAAAUUCACGCAGUCAUAAUGGCUGCAAAACCACGACAGCAUUAGAGGUGUGAAAAUGAGUACUGAACAGUUGACCUAGAUGUUUUUAAAGAUAAGCAUAUGCUAUAGACAUUUAAAUUAUCAAAACAUAUGAAUAAGUAAAAAUAUUCACUGUUCUACAGAGUCAAGGGCACAGAACAUCUCUUUUUUGUUUUAGAAGCAGGCAUCAUUUGGGGGCUAUGACAAUGUUUUUUUCUGCCAUUUAGGAGUUUUACAGAAAGCAAAAGCUUCCAUAAUUAGUAAGGCUGAUGGUCAAAUAUGAUUGGGUUUCCCACCAAAGCUCAGAUCCUGCAAAGCACUUAAACACAUAGAAAACUUGAAAUAUGGGGAUACUCAGGUGCUUGACAUCAUACCAUAAUCACACUAUUAAUUGAUUUAGGCCAAGCUGUCCUUUCUAGUAUUUCUUACAUUUCACCCAAGACAUAUGGUUUUGGACAACUCUGGAGACAGGAAAUUCAAAGUGAAUAUUUUGAUUGCUGUUCAUAUCCAGUAGGGUAAUUUCUGUUUCCCAACUCCUCUAGACAGCCUUUUAAAUAACAUUUUCAAAGAAGCAAAUGUUUCAAACAGCCCCAAAGAGAUUUUACAUUGCUUGUGAAAGCAGGAAGUGAAAUAGGGAAAUCUUUGCUUAUCAGACCACUUGGUUUAAGUUAUUCAGUUUUGUCAUAUUAAGCAGCACUUUUGGACUACAUCCACAUUGGAAGUAUAACAAAAGUAUACUACAGCUUCUAGUUUACAAGGUUUUUAGCUGCAUAUUCUUUUUUAAGACCCUGUGCAUCAGUUACUUUCUAGACUUCGUAUAUGCUUUUAAAACAGGUAACUAACUAUAUCAGUAUAAGCAGAAAUUGGGUAAUUUCAUCAUACAAUGUCAAAUAUAUGCAUUUAAAGAGAUAGGAAACUACAUGCAGUAACUUCUAGAUAGGCUGGCUUUUUUUUCUUCUAGAAUAUCUUUAUGAAAAUAUUUUUAUAUUUUAUUUUGAUCUUGACAAGAACUUUCAUUUGACCCCUAAGACACCUUGCUUUUAAGAAGUUACUUUCUGUAGAGGGCUUUGAUGUCAGGCAGGGUAUUUAUCUUGACCAGCCCUGCAGGAGCAAAGUACAACAACCAAACAUCCACAAGCACACUGACAAGCUUUUCUGAGAGGCAUGUCAAAAAGCAGCCCCGAUCCUUUGCAGUGUUCUCUUCGAUAGCACGGAUCUUUCCGAGCAACAAGCAACUUCCAAAGGGAAGAGCUGGAACUUAAGAGACUGGUGGCCCAGUGGAUCAGCAGCUUAGCAAGAGUUUCUAUCACUUGACUGAGAAGGGACCACACUUUAGUGAAUCAGAACAAGCCAGAUUUCAGUUACCGUAGUGAACUGUGAUCCAAAUUCAAGGACAUAAUAGAACACACAGUAUUUGGUAGCACUGCUGGUACAUUCAAUUAAGGAGUCUGCAAAUAGAUUGUAAUAAUAUUUUGUAUUAUACGAUCCAUUAAAGUUGGUUAAAUUUUGUG